UUAUUGUUCGUAACGAAGGGAAGUCAAAAAGUCAACAAUCACAACGGUCAGAUUUUAUUAAACAACGGCAAAGAGUCCGAUUCGAGUGAACUCAGCGAUCAUGAGGAAAAGAAAGGGGCGUCAAUCAGAAACCCUAAUUCACUCUAACGGAGAACAAGAAGAUGAUGAAUUCAGAGAUCAACGGUCUAAUGAUACAGAAGACGACGAUAAAUCAGGCUUCUUCGCUUGCUAUUUGCUUACGUCACUCUGCCCUAGAUACAAAGGCCACACCUACAUCGGGUUUACGGUGAACCCACGGCGGCGGAUCAGGCAACAUAAUGGGGAAUUGUGCAGUGGUGCGUGGAGGACUAAGAAGAAACGUCCGUGGGAAAUGGUACUCUGCAUACAUGGUUUUCCAACUAACGUUGCUGCGCUUCAGUUUGAGUGGGCUUGGCAACACCCUGUGGAAUCACUUGCUGUUAGAAAUGCAGCAGUGGGUUUUAAAUCUCUUGGCGGGCUUGCAAAUAAGAUCAAACUGGCUUAUACAAUGCUCACACUACCAGCCUGGAACAACUUGAAUUUGAGUGUGAACUUUUUUUCAACGAAAUACACAAAGCAUUAUGCUGGGUGUCCUACAUUACCCAGCCACAUGAGGGUACACAUUCGUUCCAUGGAUGAGCUUCCAUGUUAUACAGAAGGAUAUAGAGACGAUGAAGAUGAUAUGUUCGGAUUUGAAAACGAUCUAUCUGACGAUGAAGAGGAACCCACAAAAUCAUUUGAAGAUGUAAUGAUUCCAGUUCUUUCUUAUACAAAUCACCACAACAAUGAAGAAGAAGCAAUUCAUGUUUCGGGUAAUGAAAAUUAUGAACAAUCAUCCUGCAAUAACAAGGAUUUGUGGAAUGAUGAUAAAGAACCGGAAACAAUACAAGUUUCCGUCUCUGCGGAUCAUCGAAACAAUGAAAACGAAGCAAUUUGCGUUUCAGAUGAUGAAAAUAAUGAACAACCAGCGUGCACGAAUAAAGAUACGUGGGAUGAUGAUGAAGAACCGGAAACAAUACCAGUUCAUCAAAACGAUGAAAAAGAAGCAAUUUGCGUUUCAGAUGAUGAAAAUUAUGAACCAGCGGCCUGCAGUAACAUACCUAAGAGAUCAUUUAUGGACUCGGGUUUUAAUAAAAUGGGUUGUGUUGGUGAUAAAGAUGGACCCAACACGAAGAUUUCUGGUUCUAGUGGUGAAGUUGAGGUGGUCGAUUUAUUUACCCCAUCACCCGAAUAUCGAAUUAGGAAGAAAAAAGCGGUUUCUGUUGUAUGUCCUGAGAUCAUUGACUUGACGGAGUCACCCAUAUGUGUGUAACUUUCUUUUUAAUCUUUGGUUUUUAUCAUGCUAUUGUUAUAGAUUCAAAAUAUUUUUUAUUCUAUAAAGAGAACAAUUCAGUUGUUCAUGUUUAAAUAA